UUUACGCAAUAGUUAAUAGAUUAAUUGAUGAACAUAAUUUAAUAAUCAAGUUAACUAAUAGAAAAAAAAAUUGCAUCGUAAAGAGUCGUUAAAGCUCGGUUUCUUUCGGAUGAGCAGGCGUGGGGAACUCAAGUUUUCUCGGAUACCCGGCAGUUAGGGAGACGUUUUAAACGCGUAGAAACUGCUGCGCGAGUUACGUCGAUCUUUUAUCUAAUUCAUCUGUGUUAUUAUCGUGUUCAAUAUCUCCGUAAAUAAGUGCGAAAUCAUUACAUCAGUGAUUACAAUUUAUUUCACGCACCUGUUUUUUUAUUUAUCAUUUACAAAAUUUUUUUUAUAAGUUAUAAAAAUUCUAAAAUAUACUGAUAUAGUGAAUGAUGACAGACGUGCAGAGCAAAGGAGUUGAAGAGGAAAGAAGUAGAUUACAAAACUCUUCAUCUCCAAGAACAGGUAUGUUAACGUGAUUGACAUGUAGGACAUUUUUUUUCUUAUCUCAAGACACUUCUACAGUUAUAAGUAUUUGAGGAUAAUUAACAGCUUGUAAAUUAUAAUCUUGAUGCCGUUGAAUCGAGAAGUCAAACGAUGAAUGGAAUGCCUGUUGCAUCAGUAAUUUUGCAACAUCAUGGCAAGGAGUAUAAAAAAACUACGGAAAUGAAGAAAAAAAAAUAAAAACAUUUAAAAUUCUCUGAAUGGACAGCCUUCAAGCAAGUCAUUAAGCUGAUGAGAUUUAAAUGAAAGUGGGCUGGCUUCAGUAGGGCGUGUCUCAGUGUUUAAUUUUCCUAAUACUUGUCAUGUCUGACCACCUACCUAUUAAGGGCUAAUUUUUAUCAACCCUCUUAAUUAUUUUGAAACUUUAAAAAAUAUCAUAAUCUGAUUCAUGAAUUAUUUAGUGUGGAAAAAAAAAUAUCAAGUGAAUUAUGUGAUACAAAAAGUAGUACGCACAUGUUUUUAAAAUAAAAGCUUGUUGAACUAGUGUAUAUUACAUAUUAUUACAUUGUUUAUCUUCUCUUUUAUCGUUCGCUUUCUCUCUCGACGUAGCGUGCAGUAAUAUUUAGUGGGGUUGGGUUAGAUGGCUCUAGAAUCGUUGAGCGCAGGAGCAGACUGCCAGGACAAAACGGACAUUGUGCCAAUAGGUGUAAGAAAGGACGAAGGGGUAGUCUGGGGGCAGUAGCUCACAAGUAUUCAUAUCGACAGGUGACUUUAAUAAGUGAUUAAGUCAAUUUCAUUUCCAUUCAUUAAUUCUCAAGUUCAUUAUCAACUUCUUGGUUAAUGGAGCCUGCUUGUACCAUCAGGUGAAAUCGUCAACUUCUCAGAAGUUUUAGUUUUAUUACUCAUGGAUCCACCGCAAACACCACGUCCCGAUGAUUCUGGGGGAAGGGUAUCGAUGGUAAAACAAAAUCCACAAGGUUUUCAAGUUCGACCACAAGGUCCUCCAGGUUCUCCGAGAUAUCCAAUAAAUAAUGGAUCAAUCGGAGGACAACGUUUAGCUGGACAGCCACCUCCUAAUCUCAAUCGUCUAGAUAGCAGAGCAUCCCUAAGAGCUGCACCAUCAUCACCAAAUCAAUUUGGACCACAACAGCCUUUUGGUCCACGACCGAUAUCUACUGGUGCUCCGGGAAAUUUCCCACGAGCUCCACCAGUGUAUCCUGGGAAUCAGUUAAACCAAGGCCCACCUCGGUUUCCUCCUCAAGGGACACCUGGCGCAGCAAGAGGACCCUCUUAUCCUCCACCACCAGGACAACGAUUGCCAUUUAAUCAAAAUUCUCAAGGCAUUCGACCUAGACCUCCAGGGCCUCCAUAUAACGCAGAUAUUCGACAACCUCUUGCAAGAAAUAUUCUAGGGAAUUACGGCACUGGAGCGCCAAGGAAUGAACCUAUAGGUCGUAGUGAAACUCCUGUAGCUCCUCCCAGAAUGAAUUCAGAAAAAAGUCCACCAGUUCAACAAGAAAAAAUGAAGAAUGAUACUGAAGUUGAAAAAAACGACGAUCCAGCUUUACUAAAGAAAAAAUUGGCCUCUCGAAAUGGAAAUGGAGAUGAUGAUGACGAUGAUGAUGAUGAUGUUGUUAUGGAUACUGAGCAACAAGCUAAGUCCCCUACUCCCAAAAUCAUGUCACCUGAAGUACAAAAAACCCCAAGUCCAACUGUACUAAUGGCUGAGAAUGUAUCUUCUACACCAUCACCCGAACCAAGAAAUUUAGAUGCAAAUGUAAAGAACAGUCCAACUCCACAAAUGUCUGAAAGUACUACUCCAAUUCCAAAGACACCUGAAAGACCUGUGUCAAGAAUAGAGACAUCAAAAACUCCAGAAGUUGAAGUAAAAGGAGAUCAUGCAGCUGAAACUGAAUCAUCAACAAAUGUAUCUCGACCUGCAAGUGUAAAAUCAAUGAAGUCUCCAGCACCCGAUGAUAAAACUCCAGAAUUAUUGGCUGCAUCUUCAGACAUACGAUCAUCAACUUCUUCUCCAUCAUCUAAUAUUUUAGGCUUUGAUGACGGCAAACCUAGAUCUCUGUCUCCUAAAUCACCCGUACCACACUCUUCUUCACCAGCAACGAGUCCACUGGUUUCAAGUACUCCGAAAUCUCCUGGAACUCCUAAAUCUGAUACAGAGAAAAAAAAGACCACUUUUGCAGAUGAAAUUGAAGAUCGAGACGAUGCCAAAGAUGAUAAUAUUAAUGAGAAACCUCAAUCGCGAUCUGAAACUCCAGCUAAAGAAAAGCCUGGAACACGUCCAGUAACCCCUGCAACAGAAAAACUUCCGUCAAGACCAGGCACUUCAAUCUUAUCAAGGCCUGCGACUCCAGCUGUAUCAGAAAAGUCUAGACCUGCUACACCAGCAGAAAAAACUCAAACACGGCCAGGAACUCCUGCUGCUUCAAUUAUUUCCCAAAAGCCUGAUCCCCCAACUUUAGCAGUAGAUCCUAAUUCACCAAUUCGAAGAUCAACAUCUGGACGCUCUAUUAAAUCAGAUGCUGGUGAGAAUGGAGUUAACCAGGCAAAUGCACAACCAACAACAAAUGGUGUAGCAGUUUCGCCAACAAAAAAAGUAGCAUCAAAGUCACGAGAAGGAGAUAAAUCAAAACCAGCAGCAUCGCCAGUCAAGUCACCAAGCAAGUCUAUUAAAUCAUUGCCAAGAACGCCGGAGGCAGGUCCUCCCUCAACAGAAAAGAAAAAGGUACCAAUGAACAAAAUCCAAGUUGGCGCUGCGCCAUCACCCAAUCUUAAAACAGUCCGUUCGAAAAUUGGUUCGCUCGAAAAUACGAGCUAUAAACCAGGAGGUGGAAAAGUCAAAAUUGAAAACAGAAAGCUCGAUUUCAGCAAUGCUCAACCAAAGAUUGCAGCGAAAAAUGAAAAAUAUACUCCAAGCGGUGGUGAUAAAAAGAUAACUCAAGUAAAACUUCAGUGGAAUGCCAAACCAAAGGUUGGGUCAUUAGAGAAUGCAACAUAUAAACCUGGUGGUGGGGACAAAAAGAUAGAAACUGUAAAGCUAGAUUUUAAAGAUAAAGCGAAGCCAAAAGUUGGAUCCAAAGACAAUGCUAAGCAUGUACCGGGCGGUGGCACUGUUAAGUCAACAGCAACACCACCUAAAACACCACAGGACUUACCAGAUAACAUUGAAACACAGAAGAUUGAUAUCAAAGCAGAAAGCAAAGUGGGCUCACUGGACAACGUAAAAUAUAAACCAGGAGGUGGAGACAAGAAAAUCUUCGAUGAUAAAACUUACUUACGUCAAAUGAGCCCCAACGUCCAAAGUGUCAACGGUAGUGGGACUCAGGAAACUGACGAUUCAAAUGGAAUAGAUGAGAUCCAAGAUCCAAACCCUCCACCAUCAACACCUACAAAAUCACGUCCAUCAUCAAUAGCUUCACCAGUUACUCCGGAAGCUGUGAAAUCAAAUCUACAAGCAAGAACUCCAGAUACACCGAAAAAAGUGACAAUUACAGAAUCGAAACACUCACGACCCUCUACUGCUACAUUACAAAAAAUAUCUCCGAAUAAUACUCCAACACCACGAACAAGAUCACCAAAGUCUCCGCUUACUCCAAAAUCUCCAUUGACACCUAAAUCUCCGACGACUCCGAAAUCUCCACUAACACCUAAAUCUCCAACGACUUCAAGAUCUCCAUCAAUUCCUAAAUCACCAGAAAAAUCUCAAACGACUUCAAGAUCUCCAUCAACUCCUAAAUCACCAGAAAAAUCUCCAAGACCUCCAAGCAGUCUCGAUAUCAAAUCAUCAGAUAAAUCAUCUGCUAAUAGUUCAAGAAAAUCAUCACCUAAAGGAUUCCUUUUUCCAAAAAUAACUAGUCCUAUUCAAUCAGAAAUUAUAACAGAACCACGCAAUUAUGAAUCUUCAGUAAAGCUACCUAAACUCAUUGAAACUUCAACCGUAGCUGCUAGAGCUGGUUUAACUUAAAUAUAUUAAAUAAGUGCACGACUUUUGCUUGUGUUUUAUGAUUCCAGAAUACUAAUAAAAUAUCUUAGUGACAUUCGUGUAUAUUUCACAUUUGGUUGUAACAUAUUAGAGUGGAUUUGCUCAUUUUAAAAGCGGAUAAAUUAUUUUUGCAAUUCAAAAUAAUUUUUUCCUCAUUUUUUUCAAUGAAAAGAGGAGUAGCAAAUCUUUUAAAAGAGAUCAUGUACUUAAAUGUUUAUGAAGUGAAACCGUAAAAUUAAAAUAAAAAUUGCACUAAUAUUAUGAAUGCAGAGAAAUUAAAACUUAAUUAAACGACAUAAAUAAAGAAAAUAAAUAUCAUUACCUGAUGUAGAGUUUAUCAGUCUUUUUUUGGAAUGAUCGGACGAGUUAGUUUAACAUCUUUAAAAUAAGAAUGAUUCAAAGCAUUCAGUGCUGUGAUUCGUUGGCUUGGAUCAUAAGUUAAAAGUUUCUGUAAUGAAAAAAUUGUUUUGUUGUUUUUUUAUUUUAUUAAAAUACAAUAAGUUGGAAAUGAGCAAUAAAGUCCAUCUCAAGCUUCAUAAAUUUUUAAUAAAAAAAUAUAUAUUAAAAAAUUAUACAUACUGAUAAUAAGUCUCUCGCAUCGUCAGUAACAUUUGGCACAACUUCAUUUAAACUUCUGGCAUCCCACUGCGGGAACAUUGAUUUGUAAUCCUGAAGUUGAGAAACUCCAGGCCAAAUGGUUUCAUCAGGUGUUCCAAGUGUUCUAAAAAUUCGAAAAAGUUGAUCUAUCUCUGAAUCACCAGGAAAUAGAGCUCUUCUUGUUGCCUGAAUAAUGGAAAAAUAUAUUCACUUAAUAGUUUUCAAAGAAAACUUAUUUAAUUUACAACUUCAAAUACCUUAUUUGUCCAAUACGAAUAAUUAUACGUUUUUAAAAUGAAUUCUUUUAUAAAAAAGAAAAAUUUUGGAUAAAAUUAAAUUACCAUCUCAGCGAAAAUACAUCCUAAACUCCAGAUGUCAACAGCAUGUGAAUAUAAUUUUGUUCCUAAUAGUAUUUCAGGUGCUCUAUACCACAAAGUAAUAACUUCAUGAGUGUACAUUCUCAUUGGAAGUCCAAAAGAUCGUGCAAGACCAAAGUCAGCUAACUUUAUGUAACCCUCUUGAUCAAUAAGAAGAUUUUGUGGCUUUAAAUCUCUAUGGAGAAUUAAGUGGUUGUGACAAAAUGUGAUAGCCUUUAAUAACUGAUGAAGGUAGCUCUAAAAACAUAAUUAUAAUAUUAAUAAAAAAUACAAAUAUUACAUACUAACUAUAAUAAGCACAAUAAUAAUUGGUUUUUAACUUUAUAAGUUACUUCUUACAAAAAUACUGCAAAAGCACAAAACAAAAACUGAUGAAACAUAAUUUUAUACCUUGACCAAUGAACUCCAGUGAUCCUGAUUGAUGGCAACAUUUUUAACAGAGUCUAAGUAUUUUUUGAGGUCUUGCUGGAGAUAUUCAAAAACCAAAUAGAGAUCUUGAUCUCCAAUAACAACGUCAAACAAUUGUACAAUGUUUGGAUGAGUGAGAUCUUUGAGUAAUGAAAUCUCUCUGAUUGCUGUGGAUGGAACGCCUUCAGUUUCCCUAACGUGAAUCAUUCAAAUCACAUAAUAAAUUCAGACUAGAGCGAUAGAUAAAAAAAAACUUACAACAAUUUUAUAUUAUUUUACAGUUAAUUAAUUAGUUGAUUAAUAAAUUAAAUCAAAUUAGGCGAGCUUUACACAGUGGUACAAGCUGAAUGAUGUGGUGCUAUGACAGUUUAUUCUAGCAUGGCCCCUCCAGAUUCAGCUCAGACCACUACAUAGAUACAUUAGAUGCGUGGAGAAGCAUGAAAAAUUUUUAUUAUCCGCUUUAAGAACCAUUACUUAUUUAUACUUUGAUAAAUAAAAUUAUAUCUAUUAUAAGAGUUGUUAUCAAUUUAGAUUGUAAUUUAAAUUGAUUCAAAUUAGCUGAAGUAUGCAAGCUUAGGUAGAGAACUUAAUUAGUUAGCGACUGUUUAUAAGUUAUUGGAAAAAAUCAAUUAUUUGUAUGAUUUUAUUAUUAAAAUUGGAAUAAUAAUCCACAAAUAAAA